GAACACUUCUCUUUGCUGUUCGUAUCUCGCUUGUUGCUACUUCUCGUCAGUAGCAGGAAUAAAACAUGGCUACUCAAUACCCGCCCCCGUCAAAACGACAGAAGCGAGCACAGGGAGAAAUUGCGCGCCUCCAACAAGAUAUCGACAGCACGAUACCUGAUGGCACAGUACGAGUGCGCUUCGUAGACCAGGCCACAGGCGAAAGUGGCAGCCUCCCGGUUCUCACGGUGCAAUUAUCGCAAGCGACGACUAAGAACCUCGAGAUCCUGCUCAACGAGCUGAAAGACCAAGGCGACGACCGAAUACCGUACCGCUUCUUCCCCGAUGGCGCUACCGAGGCGCUUGCAGACAAGGACGACCUGUACAAUGCCUUGGUGAAGCCAGGGAAGGCUUCAGCCGAAAGUGAGAUUGUGCUGCAGUAUGCGCCGCAAGCUAUUUUCCGAGUCAAAGCAGUGUCAAGAUGCGCUGCAGCCAUCUCAGGUCAUGGAGACAACAUUCUAGCUGUGAAUUUUUCCCCAGUAAGCUCGAGCAGAAUGGCAAGUGGAAGCGGAGACAAGACAGUGAGGAUAUGGGACUGCGACACCGGAACACCCGUACACACGAUGAAGGGCCACUCGAGGUGGGUGUUGGCCGUGAGCUACUCGCCCGACGGCUCGCUACUAGCAUCUGGAGGCUACGACAACGAAGUAAGGAUAUGGGACCCGAGCACUGGAAAGCAGAUUGGAGGUCCUCUGAAAGGCCACACAAACUUCAUCACUUCGCUCUCGUGGGAGCCGUUCCAUUUACAAGAACCGGGUCGCCCAAGAGUGGCGUCGUCUUCUAAGGAUGGCACAGUACGAGUCUGGGAUGCAGUGGGAGGCAAGAUCGACUAUGCGCUGUCCGGACACAAGGGCAGUGUGACGUGCGUGAAAUGGGGUGGCACCGGACGCAUAUACACGUCUUCACACGACAAGACGAUCAAAGUAUGGGAUGCUGCGACUGGCAGACUUGUCAGCACACUAGCCGGCCACGCUCACUGGGUCAACCACCUCGCCCUCUCCACCGAGUUUGUCCUCCGAACCUCGUAUCAUGACCAUACGCGCAAAGUACCACCGACGCCCGAGGAAAAGCUCGCAAAAGCCAAGGCUCGCUUCGAAAAGGCGGCUACCGUCAACGGCGAGGUAGUAGAGCGCCUGGCCACAGCGUCUGAAGACUGCACCAUUAUCCUCUGGACACCGCUAAGCAGCAUAAAGCCCGUGACGCGAAUGACAGGCCACCAGAAGCAAAUCAACCAAGUCACCUUCUCACCCGACGGCGCGCUUAUAGCCUCUGCAGCAUGGGACAACCACGUCAAGCUCUGGUCUGCUCGCGACGGAAAGUUCCUCAAUACCUUGAGAGCUCACGUCGGCCCAGUGUACAUGACAUGUUUCUCCGCAGACAGUCGUUUACUGGCGAGUUGCAGCAAGGACACUACGCUGAAGGUGUGGGAUAUGAGGACAGGCAAACUGAAGGAAGACCUUCCCGGACAUAAAGACCAGGUCUUUGCUCUGGACUGGAGUCCGGACGGUGGACGGGUAGGCAGCGGAGGGGCAGACAAGCAGGUUCGGAUAUGGGCCAAUUGAGUGGCUUUGAAAAGUCUGGUACGAUAUUAUCGAGAUACCCACGUUUCGAGUUUAGAGGUGACUAUAGUUAAAAUGACAAGUGAUUGUUAGACCGAUCUCAAAGUUGGGUCUAAAUGGGUCAACCAAGCUGUGAGGCAUCGAUUAAAGUGCACACAAUGGUGUGAUCUAGAAUUACUAACCUUGUGGGCUGAACGUGUUGGCUCUCAUCGAGUGAGCUGAUGACAUGAUAGAAAUGAGUACGACAUGGGAAUCACAA